AUGGUGGGCGAUGAGUACUCCGUAGGUGGCGGGAAGCUCAAGUUGAAGGGGAGUAAAGUCAGCGGAGGACGGGUAGAGAAGAAAAAGAAGAAGAGUACGAAGAAGAAGGAGGGGGAUGCUACACAGCCAACGGCGGAGUCAACGCCUGGUACAGAACAACCGGAAAAUGGAAAGGAUGGCGUGAGAUCUGAGGAAGACAGAGAGAAGGAGUGGGAUGCACCUGGGAAAACUGAGGCCGAAAAGAAAGCCGAGGAAAUUCGGCGGAAACGGUUGCAUGAGCGGCUCCAGCGCGAAGGUGUUAAAACUCAUAAGGAGCGUGUGGAGGAGUUGAAUAAGUAUCUCAGUCGUCUGAGUGAACAUCAUGAUAUGCCGAAGAUUGGACCGGGUUAAAUGGGUUGGUUCUACAGUGUUUCAAAUGGGUUUCAGAGCGAUCACACAAUUUUAGUCCAAGAAUACCACACCUGUACUUGUAC